AUGUCGACUCCAAUUGAAGUCGGGUGUCCAGGAGGCCUAGAAUGGGCUUGGUAUGGUCUUGGUGAGUGUAUAAGGACUCCUCGAGACAAAGUUUCCAUUGCUUUCGGUGUUUUGAGCAUCGCCGCAUGGUUUAUGUUCGGAUUCCCACAAAUCUACGAAAAUUGUGUCAGAAAAAUUCCAGAUUCUGCAGUUUCCUUCUUCCUACUUCUAUUUUGGUUGUUGGGCGAUACUCUCAACUUCAUCGGCGGAUUUUUAACAAAUCAACUCUUUUUGCAGAAAUUUCUCGCUGGUUAUACCGUCUUCAUCGACAUAAUUCUUUGGGUGCAGUACAUCUACUACCUGUGCCUCCACAAAAAUCGCAAUGAGAAAGUAGAAGAAGACGAAGAAGAAAAAGUACCGAAGUCUCCGAGCGUUUCAACAGUUGGCAAAACUUUGGCUACUGCACUCCUUGGUGUUUUGACACUAAGCUUCCUUCCGGUGUCGUUGACUAGCGGAGAAUCUGCUUCUGGCUUUUCUGCUCAAACCCAACGCCGUCUUUUUCAGUCAUCCACUACUGCUUCCCCAGACCCAUGGGCCGAAUUUUUGCCCUCAGUUGGUGCGAAGGUUGGUUACGCCUUCGGCUGGAUGAGCGCCAUCAUGUACGCCUUGGGUCGAGUACACCAAAUCUUCAUGAAUUGGAGGCGAAAGUGCACUGAAGGCCUCAGUUUUUACUUAUUCUUCCUUGCUGUUCUGGGCAACACGUUUUAUGCGUGUCAAAUAUUCAUCAAAUCCAUCGAUGUCGUCUUCAUUGUUACAUCUCUGCCAUGGAUUCUCGGCAGUAUGGGCAUACUUCUCUUUGAUUUAGUAAUUCUAAUACAGUUUUUCAUGUAUCGUCACAAUCACAUAGACGUUGACAACGAAGAGCUUGAAUUCACUUCUGAAGAUGAUUAUGAAAGCGCACGACAUCAGUUCUGA